AUGGAGCCGAAAUACGUAAUCUGCGGCUGUCCCGAACUGCACUCGAGCAACGCGAAAAAAUGUCAAGAAGUAGAUGCAAAUCGUACGAUAGAGAAAUUGCGACAACUCGUAUCGGAUCCUGUCACCAGCGAUCAUGUCGAGCGGAUAUCGCGACUCCUGUGCCAUUAUCUACGCGAGAUCGGCGACGACGGCUACAAUGCAUUUAUUAGUCGCUUGCGCUACAUACCUCGAUUCUUCCGACAUGUUUUCAAGAGCGCGUUCCUUAAAGACACCUUUCAGCCAGUCAAGCAUCUGCCAUCCGUAAUGAAGGUGCUAGAAUUUCUAGCCUGGAAGUCCAGAGAAGUCAGUGACUAUCGGGUGCAUCUGGACCGGAUGCUGCGCUUGUGCAAUCGACCGCCUUUGCUGGAACGUACUUCCGAGAGUCUCGUCAGCUUCGUCAUAAUGGAGCACUAUUUCACGACCCUGGGAUAUCUUCUGAUAAUCUUGCCCAACGAAGAAGAUAUUCAGCUGAUCCACGAAGCUCUCGAUUGCUUAUUAAUCGAAAGAACGAAAGUGACGCACGUCGCAGCGACGAAGUUGGAUCUUCGUCGACGAGCUAUGGAGAAUUCCAAAUUGCCGAUCAUCAUCGUGCAAUUGCUCGAGGCUGCGUUGACGAGAAUGUACCCGAAGAUCUUGGAACUGACCUUCGUACUUGCCUCGGUCUCUUCUCAAUGCUGUUACAGAAUGCUGGAAGCCGGUAUACUAAAUACGCUACUCACCAGAAUGGAUCUUCCUUACGGAACGCAGCUGCACUGUACCAGACCUCUGGACUUGCCGAUCGAAGGAGAGGAAUAUCCAAGGGACACCAUACUCCUGAAAAUGAAAUUGUUGUGGAGUCUCAUGAGAUCGGUGUUAUCUUCGAAAAAGCUGCCGGAGAACCUGAAGAAUCUCUCUUCGCCCAAGCAAUGCGCCAUGUGGUAUUACUUAUUUAUAAUAAGCGAAUUAAAAUUAAAUCUAAUCACAAAAUACAGGGGCUUAAGAUAUUCCUUCAAGCGGCAGAUACUUUACAGCCGACAUUGCGCUGUAAAUCUGAAAAUCAGAAACGAUAUCGCCGCUUUGAUCCUCGCUGGGAUCGUGGCUCUGCCAUCGUGGAAUCUCAUCAGCAGCGGUAUCGCGGAAGAUAUCGUCAAUCUUUUACCCGCGAUCGAAUCUGGGACCAUUAAGAUAUGGACGGAGGUUGUCAAGUUAUCUGACAGUGACGAGGAUAUCUUUUUCAAGAGAAUCCUGCUGAUGAUCAUCGCAUAUCUCGCCGAUAUCGACAUUUAUGUUUUCGUAAUGAAGAAAAUGAUGAUUAUGCCGGUUGUCCUUCGAAUCAUUAAAGCCUACAUGAGCAGUGCAAAGAAUAUAUCGUUGAUCAUUUUGGAGCACGCGUUUUAUAUCUUGUCAUUGUUAGCGCCACGAAUGACGACGGAAUUUGUAAAAUGCAAAAGCACACUCACAUUAUUGGCGAUGCUUGAUCGAGUUUUGAAUACGGAAUUCGACGAGCACCUUGCCAUGAUUGUUGCGAAAACAAUCUGCUCGAUAACUCUGCAAGACAAAGCUCUUCUGCUGGAGGAUUUCCGGAGAUUGCAAAUGAUACCAUUGUUAAUUAGAUUAAUUAAUAAUAUACUGAAUUUAAAUAAGUUUACAACGAUGAGGCAACGAAUCUUAACGUUGCUGCUGAUCGCCUUAGAGAAUCUCAUGAAAAAACAGACAUCUGUUCAGCAAAUGUAUGGAAAGCGAAGCGUUGAUCUCGUCAUGGAAAUCUUCUCAAAGUGUUUGUAUAAAGAAAACGAGACUUUCCAAAUGGAUCAACGACUUUUGUUAGCGAUAGGCUCUUACGUUUGGGAAUGCGUGGCACGAUGUCCCACGAAUCUUCAAAUAUUCCUCAAGAACGGCGGAUUGUAUUCUAUGAUGGACAUCGUCGAGAUCACGAACUAUCCCGUGAGAUGUUUGUAUCUUGGUGCACUCACCGAUAUAUGCGAUUGCACUUUUUGCGGGCCAUGUCUCUGUACUUGGAGAGGCGCCGAUAAGAAGAUGGGAUUGAUGUCUUUGCUCACAAUCGUCUGGCGAGAGGAAGAGGACAGAAUCGGCAUCAAAAGACGUACUGACGGCUCGAUAACAGAUAUUGAAUUGCCUCAAAUGGGCACUAAGCAAUGGAUGGAUACUUAUCAUUCAGAGGUUACAGCAGAUGCUAGCCCUACUAUAAUCGACAUGAUUGGUUCAGUGCGAUCAAAAAUUUUUAGUAUUCUAAAAAUCAUCGAGAGAGAUGGCGAUAGAUACGAAAUUGCUAAGAAGCAUUACAAGAUUCUGCUUCACGAAUUGCCAAUAAAAGAUCGCAAGUACAAGUACAAUCAUAUCAGUAGUCAUACAUUUUCAAUUUCAAUUUUUGAUAUGAAAUAUAGCAAGAUACGAGUCGUCUGUCUCCGAUUUUUAAUGAAAGUAACGUCACAUCUUUAUUCAAUAACGAACCGAUCAAGUUCCUUUUUUCAGGUAACUUUAUGCUGCAUCGACAUGUAUUUGCGAUUAAAGCUGGGUCAAAUGUGGAUGGAGCUGAGUAGAUACCUGGAGCAUGCAGGAAUUACGCCAUUAAUCGUGGACGCGCAUCUGAUCGCUCACAUGGUGCAGUGGCAUCGUUCCUGGGGUAUACUGAUCGAGGAGCGCCAGAAGAAGCUGCUCGCGGCCGUCAAGCUUGCGGAUGAGACGGCGGAGAUGGACGAGCUUGUGAGGAUACGCGACUCCAAGCUAGCGCCGUCCUUGGACGCAUUGAACGAGAUCGAUCGUAUCCGUCGUACGGCCGAUCGAUCGUACAUGCUGCGUAAGAAGGAUCAGCAGAGACGACAAAUUAAUGCUGCCUUGUCAUUUCCACGUGAUGCCGAUACUGAACGAUGUCACCGGACGUUUUUCGACAAACCGAACGUCACGGUAAAAUUAACCACUGCAAGAGAGAUGAAAAUCAUAGUGAUCAUGUAA